AGGAGAAUAUUUUCAAGAAGUAAACAAACUUUUUUUCUGAUUUGAGUUUAAACUGCGGUGAAGUCUAUUUUUUUGUAUUCUUCAAAAUUGAAAAUUUUAUAAGUAAACACUUUAUAAAAACAUGUUUAAUUUAGUUGAAAUGAAAGACACUGUACGCAUUCCUCCAUGGAAGUUUCACAAACCUUUAGUUGAUGCAAUAUCAGAUGAAUUGCGGCUAAAGUUUGCGAACAAGAUUGUUAAAGACGUUGGUCUUUGCAUCGCUUUAUAUGAAAUUACCAAAUUAGAAGAUUCUUAUAUCUUUCCCGGAGAUGGGGCCUCUCAUACUGGUGUUUAUUUCAGUUAUAUUGUAUUUCGACCAUUUAUGAAUGAGGUUCUAGUUGGAAAGAUACGUAGCUGCAGCAGAGAAGGUGUCCAUGUCUCCCUUGGAUUCUUUGAUGACAUUCUUAUUCCUAAAGAUGACUUGCAGCAACCAUCAAGAUUUGAUGAGAAAGAACAGCUCUGGGUAUGGGUUUUCAACAGUGAAGAAAGUGGUCAAUCACAUGACCUUUUUAUGGACAGAGAUGAACCAAUUAGAUUUCGUGUAUUGGAAGGUACAUUUGUUGAUACUACUCCAACUAGUCCAGAAAAUGAAAAUACAGAAUCUGAGGAGAAAGAUAGAAGGAUACCAUAUUAUUUAACAGGCUCCAUAAAUGAACCUGGAUUAGGCUUACUAUCAUGGUGGAGCUGAAAGAAAGAAGUAUCUUGUAGAUGUGUUUUUUAUUUAUUUUGGACUGAAAAAUGUAAAUAUAUAAUAUUUUUUAUUGGAA